AUGGGCAUCUUGGAGCCAGGCUGCCGAGACAUGCUGACGGGCACCGACCCGAUGCCGGCGAGCGACGAGGGCCGGGCGCCAGGCGCCGACUCGCAGAACCGCUACUUCUACCCGGAGCCGGGCGCGCAGGACGCGGCCGACCGUCGCGUGGGCGCCAGCCUGGGGGCGCCCUACGCCGGGGGCGCCCUGGUGCCUGCCCCGCCGGGCCGCUUCCUCGGAGCCUACGCCUACCCGCCCCGACCCCAGGCCAGCGGCUUCCCCGGGGCGGGCGAGCCCUUCCCGCCGACGCCGGGCGCCGAGGGCUACCAGCCGGGGGACGCCUACACCGCCCCGGACCCGCGCGCCACACUCUACCCGGGGCCGCGCGAGGACUGUGCGUUGCCGGCUGGGCUGGAGGUAUCCGGGAAAAUGAGAGUCGCGCUCAACAACCACCUGUUGUGGUCCAAGUUUAAUCAGCACCAGACGGAGAUGAUCAUCACCAAGCAGGGACGGCGGAUGUUCCCAUUUCUGUCAUUUACUGUGGCUGGGCUGGAGCCCACCAGCCAUUACCGGAUAUUUGUGGACGUGGUCUUGGUGGACCAGCAUCACUGGCGGUAUCAGAGCGGCAAGUGGGUGCCGUGUGGAAAGGCUGGGGGCAACAUGCCAGGGAACCGCCUGUACGUCCACCCAGAUUCUCCCAACACUGGAGCCCACUGGAUGCGCCAGGAAGUUUCAUUUGGGAAACUAAAGCUCACGAACAACAAAGGGGCCUCCAACAAUGUGACCCAGAUGAUCGUGCUCCAGUCCCUCCAUAAGUACCAGCCCCGGCUGCACAUUGUCGAGGUCAGUGAUGGAGAGCCAGAGGCCUGCAACGCUUCCAACACGCACAUCUUUACUUUCCAAGAAACCCAGUUCAUCGCCGUGACCGCCUACCAGAACGCCGAGAUUACUCAGCUGAAAAUUGAUAAUAACCCUUUUGCCAAAGGAUUCCGGGAGAACUUUGAGUCCAUGUAUGCAUCUGUUGACAACAGUGUCCUCUCCCCGCCUGGACCCAACUGUCAGCUGCUUGGGGGAGACCACUGCUCCCCUCUGCUCCCCAGCCAGUAUCCCGUUUCCAGCUGUUUCUACCCCACCCUUCCCAGCCAGGCCAAGGAUGUGGUUCCCCAGCCGUACUGGCUGGGGGCCCCUCGGGACCACAGCUACGAGGCCGAGUUUCGAGCUGUCAGCAUGAAGCCCUCAUUCCUGCCCUCCGCCCCUGGGUCCACUAUGUCCUACUACCGAAGCCAGGAGGUCCUGGCGCCUGGAGCUGGCUGGCCUGUGACCCCCCAGUACCCUCCCAAGAUGGGCCCGACCAGCUGGUUCCGCUCCACGCGAACUCUGCCCAUGGAACCUGGCCCUGGAGCCUCAGAGGGGCGGGGGCCAGAAGACCAGGGCUCCCCCUCCUUGUGGACUGAGAUCACCCCCAUCCGGCCAGAGUCCAGCGACUCAGGACUGGGUGAAGGAGACUCUAAGAGGAGGCGUGUGUCCCCCUAUCCUUCUAGUGGCGACAGCUCCUCCCCUGCGGGGGCCCCUUCUCCUUUUGAUAAGGAAACCGAAGGCCAGUUUUAUAACUAUUUUCCCAAUUGA